AUGAUUGCUCCGUCCCCCACCCCAGUCAGAGAGGAUGCCGACAGUGACAGAGAUGCUGCCUCUUCAACUACAACUUCGAAUGUAGUCAUCGAAGACGUCAACCAAGGAUGUCUGGUCUAUUGCAGUGUGAACUCCAUUGGAAUCAUCAAGGAGCAAGGUGUAUUUCUCGAGAGAGAAUGGAUGAAAUUUGAAAUUCAAGCGUCUGGCCAGGGAAGUAGAGAGACAAGUCUGACAGUCUUGAGAAAUAAGGUGAGGAAACAUGCUUUGUCUAAGGUCCACAUUCAAGUUGUGAAGAUGGCAGAACAACAGAAAGAAGCUGUCAUUGAGAAUGUGGCGGAGGCUAUGACUGAGUCCUACAUGAAGGAAACCGAAGCUGUGUUUCGAACAGCCUACCAUUUGGCCAAAAUUAACAGACCCUUUUCUGACCUUGAGAGCCUCAUUGAGCUGCAGGAAUUGAAUGGUAUAAAGAUGGGCUCAAUACUUCAUUCACAUUACAGUGCAACACAAAUAACCAAACAUGUUGCUAAUGAGUUGCAGAGCAAAAUCGUCAGUAGCAUAAUAGCAUCAUCAAGUAAGUUAGCUGUCCUAAUUGACGAGGCCUCUUCUUUAAGUCACAAAGCUGUCAUGACAGUUUCAGUUAAAGCAUCAGUUCAAGAAGAAGAAAGCCCUGAAUUCAUAUUCCUUGAGCUUGUUGAACUGGAAAAUCAGAGAGCAGAUGGCAUAGUAGAGGGUUUACUCACUUGUUUAACUAAUGCUGGCUUUACAGAAGAAUGGCUUCUUGAAAACUUGGUAACAUUUGUCACUGAUGGCGCCAGCGUCAUGUUAGGAAAAAAGUCAGGAUUAGCAACCAGGUUGACCUUGAGAUUCCCAGAGCUUUUUGAAUGGCACUGUGUGAAACAUAGACUUGAACUAGCUGUGUCAGAUGCAGUUGAUGAGGUAAACACUGUCAAUCACUUUAAAGCUUUCAUGCACAAGCUAUAUUCUCUGUAUAGUAUGUCAAACAAAAAUGAGCGUGAACUCAAAGAUCCAGCAGCUGAAUUAGGCUCACAACUUCUUCGCACUGGCAGAGUCUUGGAUGUUCGCUGGGUGGCCAGUAGCUUUCAGACUGUUCAUGCUGUUUGGACAUCAUUGGGAGCUCUUGUGCAGCACUUUAAGAAUGCUUGUUCUGAUGAGAGGAGGUCCAACAAUGAGAAGCAAAUGUACAGAGGUUUAUUGGAUCGUGUUCAAAGUCCUGAAUUUCUUUGUGACCUUGGGCUCAUGUAUGACACACUCCAUGAACUAAGUGUCCUGUCACAGGAGCUUCAGGCUCGUUCUAUAACUCUCCUCAGAGCAGAGCAUCUGCUGAAAUGUACAAUCAGAGUGAUACAUUCAUUUAAAGAGAGUCCAGGAGAGAAAUAUGGUGAGGCUUUAGAAGCAAAAGAGAGUGGGGUGUAUCGAUCUAUAGCCUUGAAAAGAAAUACAAAGCUCAAGUUUAUCAAUCCAGGCCAGUCCUUACAAAGCCUUGUGAACAAUCUUGAGCAACGCUUGUCUUUCGAAGAUGAGACCAUCAAGGACCUCAGCAUCCUUGCUCAGAGUAAAUGGCCAUCAAACCCCAGCAUCCGCCAUGGUGAAGAACAAGUUAAGCGACUGUGCAAGCGAUUUAACUUGUGCACAGACCAAGCACUGUAUGGGAUGCGGGACCUACUGGAAGAGCCCAACAGUGAGCCAAACGACCUAAAACCGCUCAUUAACUGUAUGAAAACAUUCCCUGUCAGCACAGCAGAGUGUGAAAGGAACUUUAGCCUUAUGAACAAUAUCAGCACAGACAAAAGGGCUGUCCAGCUGGCCUCAAACAUAUCAAACUUAAUGUUGAUUAACAUCAACGGACCCCCUACUUCCAAGUUUGAUCCUAGAAAGUAUACAAGGACCUGGUUGAAGAGCCACCAUGCUGCCUCUUCUGUGCAUUCUAGACAAUGCAGUGUGAAAACCCCUGCAGAGAGCAAGUUUGUCUUGAAUAUACUGUAG